UCUUUGAUUUGGAGCAAUCUACUUUCACAAAGCUUUGUAUUUAUCUAACUACACAAUAAAGUUCCUCGAAACCCAGUAUCUUAUAUAAAAUUAACAAAAUAACAACAUUUUUUCAUUAACGCUUUAUUUCUAUUCGAACAAAAUCUAUUUAUAAGCAUAAAUUUCAAAUGGUAUGUUUCAAGGAAACUCCAAGCAAAUAGGCAAUAAAAGAGACCAAUAAACUAUAUUGACAGACAAAACACAUGCUGUUUUCCGUGUCAUGAACAUUUCUAAUGUUGUUUCAAAGUCGCCAAACUGUACUUAGGGUAUCUUCUUUCAUCUAGUUUGCAAAUUUGGGUUUCAUUUUUGAGGAGAAGUUUUUUGACCGGAGCAAAUUUUCUGGGUUUUUGCUAUCGGCUAUUUUUUGACAAAACUCCAUUUAUAAAGCUUUACUUACCUCGUCUGUUUGCCUACUUUAUUCCCAGAAAUGGGUUCAGCAGUGACUCCAACAUUCAAGCGGCGAAUCAUGGACCAAAAAGUACGAAGGAACAGCGGGGCAAUGUUCUUCGCCGAAAUAUCCAACCCCGUUCCCAACUCCUCGCUUAAAAUAUCCUGGUUCAUAAACGGAGAAAAGGUGUCACGUGACGUGUCCAAGAGAUUCGUAACCAAAUUUGAACCUAAAAAUGGACGAGCUAUUUUGACAAUAGCUGACUGUACCAUACACGACGAAGGUGAAGUUAAAUGCGUCGUGGACAAUCAACAUGACGUAGCCGAGUGUUCUUCUAGCCUAAAAGUAGCAGUUGAAUAAUUUAGCAUGAAACUCUGAGGUGGAUUUAAAGUUUCAGGUUCUUUUCGGACAAUAAAUUUGCAGCCGACCACUGUCUUAUUUUGUAAAAAAAAAAUGCCAGAAAAAAU